CCGCGAAAGGUUCCUUCAGGCAAGGAUGGACAAAUCCACGCCCGAGUCACCAUUGAAAAUGUUGCUCAAUGCUGCAACGAGACCGACGAGCACAUCGUUAGUGAAGCAACCUCCGCAGGCUGGGAUAUUGAUGCAAACACCUGUACCUACUGGACCACAGGAAGCAUUAAACUCGGUUCUUGUUAGAAACUGCGUAGCGACGGUUAGUGUGGGCUGCGAACUAAACCUUACCACGAUCAACUUCCGGACGCGCAACUCUGAAUACAAUCCUUCGCGCUUUCAUGGUGUCGUCAUGCGGAUACGUGACCCCCGCUGUACCGCACUAAUCUUUCGCUCGGGUAAACUCAUCUGCACUGGCGCAAAAAGUGAACAGCAGGCCCAUCUUGGCCUUCGCAAGUUUGUACGCAUCAUCCAGAAGCUAGGCUACGACGUCAAGUUUCUCGACUUUAAGGUACAGAAUCUGGUCGCAACGGCGGAUUUAAGGUUUCCGAUCAGGCUGGAAAAUCUGAACCAAAUGCAUGGCCAGUUUAGUUCGUACGAGCCGGAACUGUUUCCGGGGCUUAUCUAUCGGAUGGUGAAGCCGCGGGUGGCACUGCUAAUAUUCGUCAACGGUAAGAUCGUGUUUACCGGUGCGAAAAAUCAGCGCGAAAUAAGCGAAAGCUUAGAGAACAUCUAUCCGAUUCUACAGAGCUUCCGGAAGAAUUGA